CCGUUUCCAUUCGGAUGCACUUCAAUACUAGUGAUACCGCAGACAACAUGGAGAAUACACCUCAGCUUCCAGAUUUUAAAAGUUACUCUCGUACUUUGCCACUGGGUAGGUUAACCCCCAAGGUUUCGCUAACAGCACUGCUCACACUGCUCACGAGAGCUUCCCUCACGUGACUUCCUUACAACUCCGCGCGGAGGCACGCUGACGUCAAGACGUCAUGCGACGUCCAGACGUCAGCGAGUCGCCGAGCGUCUUGGGCGUCCUCCCGGGGCCGCUAGUUGGGCGGUGGUUCCCAGGUUAAGUCUCCCUCCCUGCUUCCGAAAGCGUGUUUAAAUUCUGUCUGUCAGCUCCUAGCGGGGGCGUCUUGGAGGAAACGGAGCCGGGGGUGAUGGCGCCGUCGCGUCUCGGGACACUCUCCUGACGAUUCUGUCGCGCGGGGGGAUGUGGACGCUUGCGGGUCAGGGCUGCUGGCGCAGACGCGCGCUCGCGGCUUGGGCCACUCGGGCGGCGCGUCGGGGGCUGCCCGGGCCUCGCCCUGCGCCGACCCGGGGAGCUGCAGCCGAGUCCAAGGCUCCGGACAGGAGGUACAGCUCCGCGGACCGCAAGGAAACAAUUGAUAUGUCUAGAUUCCCUGUUGAAAACACUAGAAAUUUCAGUAUCAUUGCACAUGUGGAUCAUGGCAAAAGUACUUUAGCCGACAGGCUCCUGGAACUAACAGGGGCAAUUGAUAAAACAAAAAAUAAUAAACAAGUUCUUGAUAAAUUGCAAGUGGAACGAGAAAGAGGAAUCACUGUUAAAGCACAGACAGCGUCUCUCUUCUAUGAUUAUGAAGGAAAGCAGUACCUUUUAAAUCUCAUCGAUACACCGGGCCACGUUGAUUUUAGUUAUGAAGUAUCCAGGUCACUCUCAGCUUGCCAGGGUGUUUUACUUGUGGUGGAUGCAAAUGAGGGUAUUCAAGCCCAAACUGUAGCAAACUUCUUUCUUGCUUUUGAAGCACAGCUAUCGGUAAUUCCAGUUAUAAACAAGAUAGAUCUGAAGAAUGCUGAUCCUGAAAGGGUUGAAAAACAAAUUGAAAAGGUGUUUGAUAUGCCAAGUGAUGAAUGUAUUAAGAUUUCUGCUAAACUUGGAACAAAUGUUGAAAAUGUUCUUCAGGCAGUCAUCAAAAGAAUACCCCCUCCUAAAGUGCAUCGCAAAAAUCCCUUGAGAGCUUUGGUAUUUGACUCAACCUUUGACCAGUAUAGGGGUGUGAUUGCCAAUGUAGCAUUAUUUGAUGGAGUGGUUUCCAAAGGAGAUAAAAUUGUAUCUGCACAUACUCAAAAGACAUAUGAAGUUAACGAAGUAGGAGUUCUGAAUCCUAAUGAGCAGCCAACUCACAAACUAUAUGCAGGACAGGUGGGCUAUCUGAUUGCUGGGAUGAAAGAUGUUACUGAAGCACAAAUAGGAGAUACAUUAUAUUUACAUAAGCGACCAGUGGAACCCUUGCCUGGGUUUAAAUCAGCGAAGCCAAUGGUAUUUGCAGGAAUGUACCCUGUAGACCAAUCUGAAUAUAAUAACCUGAAGAGUGCUGUAGAAAAACUGACUCUAAAUGAUUCCAGUGUGACAGUUCAUCGGGAUAGUAGCCUUGCCCUAGGUGCUGGCUGGAGGUUAGGAUUUCUUGGACUUUUGCAUAUGGAAGUUUUCAACCAGCGACUUGAGCAAGAAUAUAAUGCUUCUGUUAUUUUGACAACCCCUACUGUUCCAUAUAAAGCUGUUCUUUCAUCAGCUAAAUUGAUAAAGGAAUACAGAGAAAAGGAAAUUACAAUCAUCAAUCCUGCACAAUUCCCUGAUAAGUCAAAAGUAUCAGAAUAUUUGGAGCCGAUUGUUUUGGGCACCAUUAUCACACCAGAUGAAUAUACUGGAAAAAUAAUAAUGCUUUGCCAGGCUCGAAGAGCAGUUCAGAAGAAUAUGAUGUAUAUUGAUCAAAAUAGAAUAAUGCUUAAAUAUCUCUUCCCUUUGAAUGAAAUUGUGGUGGAUUUUUAUGAUUCUUUGAAAUCUCUGUCUUCUGGAUAUGCUAGUUUUGACUAUGAAGAUGCAGGCUACCAGACUGCAGAACUUGUAAAAAUGGAUAUUCUACUGAAUGGAAAUAUUGUAGAAGAGCUAGUAACUGUUGUACACAAAGACAAAGCAUACUCUGCUGGCAAAGCCAUAUGUGAACGUCUGAAGGAUUCUCUUCCUAGGCAGCUGUUUGAGAUAGCAAUUCAAGCUGCUCUUGGAAGCAAAAUCAUUGCAAGAGAAACUGUGAAAGCCUAUAGGAAAAAUGUUUUGGCAAAAUGCGCAGAACUGUUGUGAUCUAAGGAAAAAUAAUUAAGCCAAGCUGAAACAAUCAGAAUUUCUCUCUAUAAAUCUGAAGCUUGACCAGGAACACAGAAAGAAAGAAGACAUCUAGAGCUGAGGCAUUUGAAGACAGCACUGCAGGAGAGGAUCAGGUGAGUCCCUGCUUCAGUGAUCUGAGGCUCCUGGUUCUUGUUCUUCUAAAGACUUGUUUUUUCCAACUCUGAUAUCAAUUCUGUGAGUUACCCCAGAAUUAUUCCAAUAAAUUCACUUUUGGUCUCAUUAGUAGACUACAUUUACUUGCAAAUCAAAGAAUCUAAUCGUGUAACCGAAGUUGAGGGUUAAAAAUUUCCCCAGUGUCUUAUUCUUACCUUUUAAACACAAAUUAUCUUAAGAUAAUUUUAAAGUUAAUAAUGCUUUUAGAGUCUAUUUAUAGAUUUCCAUGUUUGUGUACUUUAUUGCUGGGUAUGGAUCAGGAAUUGCAUGAUACACCUUAUUCUUUCUCCCAACAAUUUUGUCAUCAGAUGAAGAACUUCUGAGUAUGUAUUUCCUCCUUUCUCCUUUCUAUAGAGGGAAGGGAACUCUUGCUCCAUUUCCCAGGAGUGAGCAAUGGUGGAUUAAUCUGGAGCUCUUCUCUGGUCUUACUAUUUCCAAUUCAGAGGGAAGGAGUAGGAAACCCCAUUCUGGCCUCAAGCCCAACCUGCAAUCUCUAAUCCAACUUUACCUUUAAUAAAGCUGAUAUUUUGAUCCCAUUUGGCUCAGUUCUUAGUGUUUUUAUUAACCA